CCACGUGGAAGCACAAGGUAACUUUUUUCCCCCCCUGUGGCCUGGCUGUUGUAGCUUCAUAGUGCGUCCUCCGCCGCUGUCAGUGACACAACAAGCAACUUUUCCACCUCUCGUCAGUCCACCCGGUGUUUGUGACAAGAUGUCAGCGGGAGGUCAGACCACCAGGAGCCGGGAAAUCCCAGCCGUGAGACGGAUCGCCAUCCACGACGCUGCCCACAUGCCCCAGGACUACUCCACGACCCCCGGAGGGACUCUGUUCAGCACCACGCCUGGAGGUACCAGAAUCAUCUACGACAGGAAGUUCCUCCUGCAGUGUCGGACGUCUCCUCUGACCCGUACGCCUCCCAACCUGCCUGACAUCCCAGGAGUCACCAGGCCGCUCAAACCCAACGACUCUGCUGACGUAAACCAGCCCGAACAGACACCGAGCACUAACACUGACCACAACCUGCACACAGAGGAGGAGAGCGCAGGAGAAGAUGCCCAGUUUGAAAUGGACAUCUGAAGAGAGGCAGCAACGAGGAUAAAAAUAAUUUUUGACAUGUUCAUUGUUUUCGUUUACUGGGAUAAAUCAGUAGAAUUGAGAAGCCUAAUCUUACUAAGCUGUGUAAUCUUUCAGAUUUGUUCUGAAAACAAGAUGGUGUUUUUUGUUUUGUUUUUUUGUAAAACCUAAUAUGUGUUUAAAUAUCAGACUCUUAUCAAACAACACUAACUGAUGCAUAAAAGUGUUUCCUCACUUUGUUUGACAUAUUUGACAAGUAAGUCAAAGUUUUGCUAAAAUUAAACUCUUAAUAUUUUAUGUGUUAGACAUUUGACAACUUAAAAAACAUGUAUUUGAAAUGGUCAAUGUUAUACAAAUAAAAAACUGAUAUUAUGA